UUCAUGAUAAAAUAACAGCAUUGAGGUUAGUCAAACUUGAGGGGUGGUGUUCACCCAAGCUUGACGAGUCCUGUGGACAAUGGUGGCAUGAUAUUGCCACUUCGGUAGUGAUUGUGGUGCGGUGGCAUUGUACAUCUAAAACACAAACAUUUAUACACUUGUAAACUAUUGUUACCUUGCAUUAAAAAUAAAAUUGAUGAAUGGCCAAGAUUCAAAGAAAAAAAAUUGCCCUGAAAAUUCCCAUUAUACGAAUUUCAAUUAGUAUAUCACUUUACUUUUCCUAUAUUAAGAACACUUCAAACUUAGUGGUGUAAGUUUUCUCUUAGUGAUUAACUGGAACAUCUUCUCUGGCCUGAUAAGGUUCUGAAGGUUCUGGUGCUGAAAGGUCAGAGAGAUCUGGUCCACGGCAGAGGCUGGAAGGUUGAUCGGUCUUGUCAGAGCUUACUCUUGGCUGUGCGCAGGGAGGAAACUAUAUGGGGUGUCGGGGACUGAACCCGAUCCGUCACGUGCAAGGCAAACGUCCUGCCACUGUGGUACUGCUCCAGUUCGGCUGUCUGCGAUGUCUCCAGGUGCCUUCUUCCUCCAGUAUAUUAGUCCAGGCUUCGAAGGGUGUCAGGGUCACAAAGAGAAUAAAAAGCACAACUGGGAAAUGUACUCUGGUGGCGCGACAGGUGCUGGAACACUGGCUGAAACCUAUCUUGAACGGCUUUGUAUGUCUAUCGCAGUGAUUUAAAACAGCACAAGCCCCAGUACGUUGUACUUGCUGUUACCUACCGAGACUAGGGUCAGCCAAAGUAGGAGUGCGAUGUCCAGACGUGGGGGAACUCACCGCUGCCGCUUCCCCUCCCGGAAUCCCGCGCGGGGCGCCUGCAGGUCCGCGGCCGAGCGUGGGGAAAGCGCAGCCAGAGCCCGCGGGCCAGGGCCACGCGCGUGCAGAGGGUCUCAGCGGCGACGCGACGCGAGCGACGGGAGGGCCAGGCGAGAGGGGGAGAGCGGAGAGGAAGCGCCGAGAAGCGAGCCGCGGGCUCCGACCGUCUUGGGGUGUGAAAUCGGGAAGUGGGAUGAGCCUUGGGCUGGCAGGAAACGCGCUGGCCGUGCCCGACGGACGAGGCAGAACGCGACGCGCACCUGCGGCGGGGCCGGGUCGCGGGAGGAGCCCCCCGCCCGCCCCGCGCCCCGCGCCCCGCGCCCCCGCCCCCGGCCCGCCCCGGUCCGCCCCGCCCCCGCGGAGCCGGUGGAAGCCGGAAGCCGAGGAGACGCGGAACUCGCGGCCGAGGGAGAGCCCGGCCCGGCCUCUGCCCCGGGCCCAGCAGCGCGGCGCGAUGGGCACUCGGCGCCGCCCGCAGCCCGAGCCCGCGCCGCGGCUGCUGCUCCUGCUGCUGUGCGGCCUGGCCCCGGGCCGCGCCCUGCGCCUGCUGGACCACCCCGCGCCCGUCUGCGCGCAGCAGGUACCUGCCUUGAUGACAGCUGGAUCAGCCCUGAAAGCCUGACUCCCUCGCCCCCCAAAAACAUCCAGGUCCACCUGCGCUUUGCUUACGUCCAGCACAAGGAGCUGCUCCCCGUGCUUCACAUCGAGUGGACACUGAAGGGAGACGCCAGCUUCCUGGUCCUGAAGGGUGCAGAGUUGUCUGUCCUGCAGCUGAACACCAAUGAACGUUUAUGUGUCAAGUUCAAGUUUCUGACCAGACUGGAGGAUCCUUCGAAGAGCUUCAGCUUCAGCCACUUUGUGGUAGACCCUGGCCAGAAGUAUGAGGUGACUGUUAACCACCUGCCCAAAUCCAGCUCUUACGGGGACCCGAACCACGAGUCCAAGAGCUUCCCUGUGCCCGGCUGCAGGGACCCCAGAAUGAAGACCACCACGCCCUGCGUGGCCGCGGGCAGCCUAUGGGACCCCAACCUCACCGCGGAGCUGCUAGAGCCGCGCCAGCUGCGGGUGGGCUUCACCGUGUGGAACGAGUCUGCCCACUACCAGGUCCUGCUGCACAGCUUCCCGCGCACGGAGAACCGCAGCUGCCUCACGCGCACCCUGGACGUCCCUGCGCCUCCCGAGGAGGAUUUCCACCAGGAGAUGAACGUCACGUUCAGCCUGCCCCAUAGCUGGUGUUGCCGCCACCACGUGCAGCUCCAGCCCUUCUUCAGCAGCUGCCUGAACGACUGCCUCCGCUACUCGGUGACUCUGCCCUGCCCGGCCCCCCCAGGCACUGCAGAAUCAGCUGCAGGUAAGCCAGCUCCCCUCAGCGACGGUGCCAGGGCUGCCUGCAACAUCCCCGGCAGAGCUGGGUCGACCCGGCUGGGCCAGGGGUGGAGGGAGUCCUCAGCACAUCCCGUGCAGAGCGGGGGGCCCAGGGCAGGUGUUGCUGACCUCUCCUGGCGCAUGCCUACUCUGUUCUGUUCUGCAGACUCACUGCCCCUCUGGACGUAUGGGCUCAUCACUGGUGUCGCCCUUCUGCUGGUGGUCUCGGUCAUCCUGCUGACCGUCUGCAUGGCGUGGAAACUGGCUGGGUCGCGCCAUGGAAAGCCGGGUGAUGCCAGCAUGUCCACAGAUGUCCAGCCCCCUGCUGGCCUGACCCCCCCACCCCUGAAGCCGAAGAAGGUCUGGAUUGUCUACUCCGCUGACCACCCGCUCUAUGUGGAUGUGGUCCUGAAGUUCGCCCAGUUCCUGCUCACUGUCUGCGGCACCGAAGUGGCUCUUGAUCUGCUGCAGGAGCAGGUCAUCUCCGAGGUGGGGGUCAUGGCCUGGGUGGGCCGCCAGAAGCAGGAGAUGGUGGAGAGCGGCUCCAAGAUCAUUGUCCUGUGUUCCCGCGGAACCCGUGCCAAGUGGCAGGCCAUGCUGGGCUGGGAAGAGCCCUCUGUCCAGCUUCGCUGUGACCACUGCAAGCCUGCCGGGGACCUGUUCACGGCUGCCAUGAACAUGAUUCUCCCGGACUUCAAGAAGCCAGCCUGCUUUGGGACCUACAUAGUGUGCUACUUCAGCUCCAUCAGCAGUGAGAGUGACAUCCCAGACCUCUUCAACAUCACCUCCAGGUACCCCCUCAUGGACAAGCUAGAGGAGGUCUACUUCCGGGUACAGGACCUGGAGAUGUUCGAGCCGGGGCAGAUGCGCUGUGUCGGGGAGCUGACAGGGGAGAACUACCUGCAGAGUGCCAGUGGCCUGCAGCUGAGGGCGGCUGUGGAGAGGUUCCGGGAUUGGCAGAUGCAGUACCCGGACUGGUUUGAGCAGGAGAAUCUUGGCUCGGCUGGUAACCAGGAGCUCCAGUCUCUGGAUGAAGAAGAGUUUGACGAGCCCCUGCUGCCCACAGGGGGCGGCAUCAUCCGUCAGCGGCCACUGGUGCGGGAGCCCGCCUCCCAGGACUGUCUGGCGCUGGAUCUGCUCCUUGGGCAGGAAGGCAGGGGGGUGACAAGACUGGAAGCCCAGGUGCAGCCCCAGAGGCCCCUGGCGACCCAGGCCCUUCAAACACAAGUGUUUCCUUUGGAAACGGUCCCUCCAGCCCAAGCCAUGGCGCCUGUCCCUCACGGCAUGGUUGGGAGUAGAGCCAUCAGCCGCCUGGCCUUGGUGGAGCCGGGUGAGGCCUGCCCUCUGCUGGAAGGCAGUGGCCCUCGGCGGAACUGUGUCCUCUUCCCGCAGCAAGCAGAGGACCCACCUCUGGGCGGCGCCCCGACAACACCACCCGGCCCGCCCCUGGAUGAUGCCAGGGGCCUAGCUGGGAGCUUGCCCUUCUCUGUCUUCCAGCAGAACCUGAGCUGCCACGCCCAGGCGCUGUGCGUGAGCCCAGCCUGCUCUGAGGAGGAGCAGUCGGACCAGGGCUAUAUCUCCAGGAGUUCCCCACAGCCCCCUGAAGGGUUCGCAGAGGAGGGAGCAGGGAAACCAGCCGAGGCCCUGUCCUCCGAGGACCUGGAGCGCCUCAGGCGUCUCCAGCAGCAGCUCUUCCUCCAGGAGCUUCAGUGGAGCCCCGGCAUGGCCCACCAGGAGCCAGAGACUCCGGCCUUGUGAGGCCCGUGGCUGUGCCGGUGGGUCGGGGCACGCCCUGGUCAUGGUGACUGUCCCUGUUUCAGUGGAGACGUUUGAUUCUGCUCUUUGGGUAUCACCUAACUUUUCUUGUCCGACUGUCUGUCAUCCUCCAUCCCCACAUACUUCCACAGCUAUUCCCGGGAGGUAACCGCAGGGCCCUUGAAUUCCCACCAUUUGUUCAUGCUUUUGUUCAGCAUCUGUUUGUCCCUACUGCAUGCCAGACAUCUGGGCUACACAGAUAAUUUGCACCUGUCUGGCCUUAGCCACCAAGGAGCUGGACAUGAGUAUGCAGUACAGGUUAGCCAGCAGGAUGGCGUGCGCAGUGGGAAGGCUCAGAGGCCUUCCCGGGUUAUGCGAUACUGAGAGGGGCACCUCGCCCAGGGAGACGCCCGGAGAGGGUGAGCCAAAGAUGUGAGUUUCCUAGGCCACAGGACUGGUUGGAGAAGGCGCAUCUGUGGACAGGAGCAGCGUGUGGGGCGAGUGCCCGAAGGCGAGUCCAGCAGCAGACUGCAGGCUGAGUCCAAGCUGGGCAGGCCUGGGGGCCGGGCGAGGAGUUGGCACUUGAAUACGAAGAGCCUGGCAGGCGAGAGGCUCAGAGCAAUCAUACUCCUUCGAUCCUUUGGGAGAGAGGACAGAAAUGUAGAAAUGUUCGGAAUGAUACCCACGGCUGCCAUUAACAGAGCUGCUGCACAGGCCUUCAGCUCCUCCUCGGGUGGGACCGAAGGCUAAUGUGCCCCACCCAGGAUGUCCUGCAGUCGCAAACUGUACCAUACUGCCCCCUGGUGGCCGACUCCCCGGGGCCUCUACUUGGGCCUCUCAUAGAGCACUGAACUUCAGCACUCAACUUCAGCACAGCAGAGUUCUGAAGCCUGGUGAAUAGGAAAUCAGACAUCAUCAGGUGUGUGUGUGUGUGUGUGUGUGUGUGUGUGUGUAGGCAGAUUGCAGAGAGUUUUAAUAAACAAUGAGCCA